AUGAAGAUUUUUAAUAUCUGCUUUUAUUUAAUAAUUAUAAAAUUAUAUAUGUGUAAAAAAAAUGAAAAUUUGAUAAAUAAUGCUGAUGGUACUACACAUAUAAAUCCACAAAAACAUAAUUUAAGAAAUAGGCAUGUAGAUAAUAAUCCUUCUUUAGUUCAAAGAACAAAAGUAGAUGGGGACUCAACUAACCUAUCAGAUAAAACUAUAAGUGAUUUAUCAACUAACAAUAGUGAAUCAAAAGAACAAGAAUUAUGGAGAAUUCCAGAUGGAGAAAGUGAAGAUUCAGAGGCACAUGUUAAUGAUCUUAGUGUUAUAGGUGAAUCUGAUGAUAUACAAUUGGGAACAGAUCAUGGUGAAAAUGGAAUUACUAGUCCUUCAAUAAAAUCAUCAGAAGAAUUAUCAUCAAGUGACCCUAAUUCAGUACAUGCAGAUGAAGAAAAAGUAAUUUCUGGUAGCUCACCAGAAUUUACUAUUUCAUCAUUAAUAAAAACACUCGGAUUAGAUUCAUCAGAAUCACUAAUUACGACAGGGAUAGAUUCUAUAGAAAAUGUGGCAAAACAAAUGGUAAAAUUAAUUCCAGACUCCACCCCAAGUGAACAAAAACCAGCAGAGGUUCCAGUUAAUGUGGCAGGUAAAAAUGAGUCAGAAUUUACUAUUUCUUCAUUAAUAAAAACACUAGGAUUAGAUUCAUCAGAAUCACUAAUUACGACAGGGAUAGAUUCUAUAGGAAAUGUGGCAGACCAAAUGGUAAAAUUAAUUCCAGAACACCCAAAUUCAAAAGUAUUAAACCCAGUAGAUGCUUCACAAAAUGCAGAUGGUAUAACCCAAAAUGAUAAGGAAGGAAGUGCACAGAAGGAAGAGGAAAAAGCAGUAAGACCCCCUGAUGAAGUAAGCCAAAUCGAAAAUCCACAAGAAAAACAAAAUGUACUACAACCAAUAGACGUAAAAGAAGGUGAAAAUGAUGAUAUAAAUGAAGAUGAUGAAGAAGAGGAAGAAGAAGAGGAAGAAGAAGAGGAAGGAGAAGAGGAAGAAGAAGGGAGACAGGGAAAAGAACAGGGACAGGAAGAACAGGGGCAGGGAAAAGAAGAGAAGCAAGAAGAAGAAGAUGAAGAAGAAGAAGAUGAAGAAGACGAGCAAUUAAUUGAAAGAGAACCAGAAGUUAGUGAUGAUGAAAUAAUAGAAGACCAUGAUGAUGAUGAAGACGAAGAUGAGGAUAUCAUAGAUGAUGACGAAAAAAUGGAACAAACAGAAGAAGAAGAACCAACAAAAUCUAAAAUCCCAGAAAAGGAAAACCAAGAAAAUGAACAAACAGAAGAAUUAUCAGAUCAAACAGAACAAGGUAAUUCACAAGAUAGUGUUACACAACAACAAAAUCAAAAAGAAGAAAUAAAACCUCCAACAAAUGAUAGUAGCGCUCAUAAAUUACUUAUUG